AUGGCCGUCGACCUCGACAUCAACAGCUACGACUCGAUCCAGGCGGCGACGGCGCUGAUCGCAGACGGCCUGAUGGACUACAACUGGGGAGACAAGUACGGAGGAACCAUAGGAAUGUUCACGAAUCCGUACUACUGGUGGGAGGCCGGCGGAGCCUGGGGGUCGAUGAUCGACUACUGGUAUUUUUUGCAGAACGACACGUACGAGGAAACCAUCAAGGAGGCGAUGCUGUACCAGACAGGAGACAACUGGGACUAUAUCCCUUUGAAUCAAUCCACCACAGAGGGUAACGACGACCAGGCGUUCUGGGGCAUUGCUGCGAUCCAGGCGGCCGAGCGGAACUUCACGAACCCGGCCUCGGACCAGCCGCAGUGGCUGUAUCUCGCGCAGGCGGUGUUCAACACGAUGGCCUGGAGAUGGGACACGGAGCACUGUGCUGGCGGGCUCAGAUGGCAGAUUUUCCAGUGGAACUCGGGCUACGACUACAAGAACACGGUUUCGAACGCGGGGCUGUUCCACAUUGGCGCGCGACUGGCGAGAUUCACGUCCAACGACACGUAUGUCGACUGGGCCGAGAAAAUCUACGACUGGCUGCUGGGCGUGGAUUUCAUCACCGAGGGAGACACGUACAACUUUGCGUACGACGGGGCCAGCAUCACGGACAACUGCUCGUCGGUCGUGAAGUACCAGUGGUCGUACAACGCCGGGAUGAUGCUCUCGGGCUGUGCGUACCUGUACAACUACACAGAGGACGAUAUCUGGAGACAGCGGACAAUCAACUUUCUGAACGGGCUGGUUGUGUACACGCCGAACAGUGCGCAGGACGGGGUGUACGUGCUGCAGGAGACGGCGUGCAUGGGGUCGGGCUCGUGCAACAACGACCAGCGCUCGUUCAGAGCGUACCUGAUCCGGUUCAUGGGGCUGACGGCCAUGAUGGUGCCGGAAACACAGGACACCAUCAACAAGUACAUCCAGCAGUCGGCGCAGGCGGCCGCGCAGUCGUGCUCGGGCGGCACGGACGGCCACACGUGCGGCCUGAACUGGACGUACAGCGGCUGGGACGGCUACUACGGGCUGGGCGAGCAGAUGUGUGCUCUGGAGGCCAUCCAGAACCUGCUCAUCUACGACAGGCCGGCCCCGUACACCUCGACGAACGGCGGCUCGUCGACGGGAGACGGAGCGGCCGGCUCGGAGAGCACGCAGCUGACGGACCAGCCGCUGAGUCUGGACCGCGGCGACACCGCCGGCGCGGCCAUCAUUACGGUGCUGAUCGGGGUGAGUAUCAUCGCACUGGCGUGCUGGCUAUUAGUGUAA